AUGUCCUUGGUUUCUGGGCCCGGCAGGGCCGCAGGGACGAUCUCCGAUCAGAAGCUAUGCCCCGAGAAACACAUUGACUACGUCAAGAAACUGGAUAGCCGGAAAGAUGAGCUGGAAUACUGGCUUACAGAGCACCUGCGGCUUAAUGGAGUUUACUGGGGCAUGACGGCAUUGCAUCUUCUUGGGUGCCCCGACGGCUUACCCCGUAAUAAUUCCGUCGACUUCGUCCUCUCAUGUCAGCAAGGGAAUGGUGGUUUUGGUGCCGCACCAGGCCAUGAUGCACACUUGCUGUAUACAGUAUCUGCUGUGCAGCUCCUAGUAAUGUUGGAUGCUGUUGACGAGUUGGAAAAGCGCGGGCUGGGCGGCAAGCAGAAAGUCGGUUCCUACAUUGCGAGUCUUCAGGAUAAGGAAACUGGCUCUUUCAUGGGCGACGAAUGGGGGGAGUUCGAUACGAGAUUUCUCUAUGGAGCUCUCAACGCCUUAUCCCUCCUAGGUCUCCUAGGUUUGGUGGACGUCGACAAGGCUGUUUCGUAUGUCCAGAAAUGUGAGAACUUGGACGGAGGAUACGGUGUAUCCCCGGGGGCGGAAUCGCACUCUGGCCAGGUUUUUACCUGUGUAGGGGCACUGGCUAUUGCAGGGCGGCUGGACCUAGUCGAUAAGGACCGUCUAGGUACCUGGCUUAGCGAACGACAGCUCGACCAUGGAGGAUUGAAUGGGCGGCCGGAGAAACUCGAGGACGCUUGUUAUAGCUGGUGGGUAGGAGCGAGCCUAGCUAUGAUUGGCAAGCUCAACUGGAUCGAUGGCGACAAGCUUGCUGCUUUUAUUCUGCGCUGUCAGGAUCCGGAGGCUGGUGGUUUUGCCGAUCGACCAGGAAAUGCUGUUGACGUCUUUCAUACGGUCUUUGCUGUUGCUGGCUUGAGCCUCCUAGGUUUUGAAGGCAUUGCAGAAGUAGAUCCUGUCUAUUGUAUGCCGAAAGCAAUCACAAAGAAGGUUUUGUCUUCGUAGUAUGAUAUCAUCAUUUGUCCACAGAGUGGGACUUUUUGUUCGUAGAUCAUCAUCGUCGUCAUCACCUCCCCCAAUCUAAUAACCCAUUUUUCAUCUGUCCAUGGCUUGUGGGAUACAAUGGGGGAGAAGAAUGGAUGCCAGGCAUUGCGACUUAUUUCCGCUUCACCCCUCUACAAUGGCUUGUUCAUCAGCUGUUAAGACGCAGUGGCACAAUCAUUUAUAGCAAUAUCAAUUUACUAUUUCAGAUACACAUAUAAGCAC